UCGCUCCCGGGACCCCGCUGCCGCCCACCAUGGCCACCGGCCGCCGCCUGCCGCUGCCCGCGCUGCUGCUGCCGCUUGUCUGUUCCGCGCUGGCCCAGCGCCCCCUCACAGAGAAGCAGCGCGCCUGCCUGCUGCCCCCCGACGACGGGCCCUGCCGCGCCCUGGUGCCGCGCUGGUACUACGACCGGUACACGCAGAGCUGCCAGGAGUUCAGCUACGGGGGCUGCUACGGCAACGCCAACAACUUCCUCACCUUCGACGACUGCGAGAAGAGCUGCUGGACCAUCAAGAAGGUGCCCAAAUUAUGCCGGAUGGAGGCUGAUGAAGGACCUUGCAGGAGUUACCUAAGAAGAUACGCCUUUAACUUGAGCUCGAUGAGGUGUGAGGAAUUCAUCUAUGGUGGCUGUUACGGAAAUGGCAACAACUUCAGAGAUUUGCAGUCCUGUGUGGACCACUGUCUGCCAGAAAAAACUGGCCCCUUGCUGUGCUACAGCCCAAAGGAUGAAGGAUUGUGUUCCUCUUCUGUGCCUCGCUAUUACUAUGACACCAAGACUAAAUCAUGUAAAGAGUUCAGAUAUACUGGCUGUGGUGGAAAUGCCAACAACUUUGUCACUGAAAUGGAUUGCUACAAUGUCUGUAGAAAUGCAGGAAAUCAGAAAUCAAGAAUCAACAAGCCAACAAAUGUAUCCCGCAGAAAAUUAGUGAGAAAACUGAUUAAAAAAUCUCAGCCGUAUAACCCGAAGUCUUAAAGCUGAUGUGCACUUGCAUGUUUGAAACUCUCUUUGUCGAUUCCACUCUGUUCUUUUGUAAGAUAUUUUUCACAAAGUUUUAUACUGACAUAGUUCUGUUUUUCAGAGCUGCUUUUUAUGCAAUUUACUUUUUUAUAAUGGACUGUGUUUACUAGAAGAAUGAACUUAAGUUUGGUUCUUUUGCUCUGUUGUCUUUACAAGAAUAUUUUGGAAAGACUUGUUUAGAUUUCCAUGGGGGAAUGUUGCUACUGCCUUGGGAGAAUAUUUCAGCUGUUGCAGAUCAAUUAAAAUUUGAAAAAUCAAUUGUCUGUUAUUACAGCUAAGGAGAGUCCAACACUGAAAAUCUACCAUGGAUUUAAUUUUUUUUUCAUCCUCUCCUUGCUAGAGAAAAGGAACUUUUGACAAGUGUGUUCAGAGGUUUAUUGCCCUGCCAUUUAAAAUUGAUUGUCAUUUAUAGUUAAUGUUCACAGUGAAGGCUUCCAGAAGCCUUAGUAACAGUAAAAAAAGUAUCAAUUUAAAUUUAAAUGCAGUUCAUCCCACAGGAGAGAAUUUGGGAUAAGGAUGCCUUGAUAAACACUCUAAGGCAAUAAAUAAACUAGUUGAGUACUAAAAUAAAAAUGUAGCUAUUACUUUUUCAUAACAUUUGAUAUUUUUGCUAACUUACUCCAGAUCCUCAUAUGGCUUUAAUCAGCACAGUUUUACUGAUUUUUAUGGGACUGUGCUGAUUACAACUGCAGAAGAUCUUGAUAUUUGUGAUAAUGCAGUGGCUGUUGAAGAGAGCAGCAGAAGUUUCUGCAGGUUUUAUCUACAAAAGAGUAAUCCCUCUUUUGAGGCACUUUUAUAUUUCUUAUAGUAGGUUAUGCCUAUGGUGAUACUUUUGCACAUUCUUUUAUAUUUUGUAUUUCAGUCAUGUCUGAAUUUCAUUUAAUUUCACCUACAAUAUUUUCUAAGAAUAAAUUCAUAAGUAAUGUUAAUAAAAUGUUUUUUGUGGGGAAAAAAAAGCUUGUUCUGUCAUUAUCCUGAAUGAGUUGUAUAGACCAAUAUGUGUAAUGGAACCUAUAAUUUGUUAAUUAUUACUCUAACAAAGUUUACUUAUCUCUUCAAUCAUUUCCCCACACUGAGGUCUUUAUUUGAAGAAAGCCAAUAAAUUGCAUUGAUGUUAUUCAUCCCCAGCAGUUUUGUAGCUCAGCUGGCUCUCUCGAAAGAGCUGCUCUCAAAGGAGUGCUUAGUUUAGCUUAUUGUAAGCUGCUGGGUCUCCUGUUUGAUGUUGCAGUCUUUGAAUAGCUUUUGUGUGGGUAACAAGCUAUGGUUUGAAAUGACAUUGGCUUUCAGUUAGAAUAAUCCAGGUGUGUGCUUUAAACCUAUUUUGGAGAGGGAACAUGAUGGACAAACUAGUCAAAAUCUGGUUUUCUUACUGGCGUUUCUCUCACUGCCAGAUUUUCGAUUAAAGCAGUUGUCUGUGCUUGCCACUGUCUUUCUAUCACUCCGUUUCUGGUUCUUGGUCUCAAAACCCCUUUUUAUUUUAAUAAUCUCUUGCUUAGUGCAGAUGAAUGAGGAGACUGUGGCAGACAACAGCAGGUAGCUAGUGACACAGUUUUGAGUGCUUGUCCAUGCCAAACAUCUCGGUAACCAACCUUCAAACAGAAAGGGACCAGUAUAAACUCCCUGGGGAAGCCAGGGCACAAUACCUGUGGAAAUUGCCCAUAUCCCUUCCUGUUGGUUGUGAAUUUUGGCAGUGCUUUUUAAAGCAGCAGCCCAGAGUGUCCUCUGAAUGUUUUUUAAUAUCUAAUAUUUAGGGCUGCAUUCAUUUCAUGCUCUGACUGUGGCUUAUAAAAAUGUAAGUCUGUUUAGGAAGUCAAAGUUCAAUUUAAGCACAGUUUAUAACUGUAAAGGAUGGCUGUCUUUUAACAGCAACACCAUGUGGUAUAUAAUAUAUAUAAUCUUUGGGAUCAUGUUUAAGAAAUUACUAUUACUCCUUAGCUCUCUGUGUCUCUGACUUUCAUAGGAGUAUCUUUGGGUGAGAUACAAAAGUGGACCUAGGAUUUAAAGCGAGGUCCAAAUCUGAGAGAAGCUCCACUCUAGUUUUUGAUCUCAGAAUUGGGUGCCUUCUCACACAUCAUAACAUGCCCUGAGUAAUGCAAUACCCUGCUCAUAUCUUGGAAAGGAUCCAAGAGUUUGGCACUUUUCUGUUCAUGCCAACUCAGAGACUCAGCAAGAGCUGUCCUGAUGGACCAGGACGCUGCAGUGACCACUUCAGGACCCUGUGUAAUGCACUUUUCUUGAACAAAAAUAUAAUUUGAAGCCUAAGGGCUUGUUGCUAAAGUACUGAGUGAAAUAUCAGAGUCUUGGGUUUCAAUCCUGUAUCUAUGUGGUAUCAUAUAGAAAUUCGACAUAAACCAUGCAUUUCACAGUGUUUCCUAGUGAGCAGGCUGUAGAAUAUUCUGGAUGAGGUAGGGCAGGGAAAGGAAGUGCUCUUGGAAGAUUUUUUCAGUUCCUUACUGAAGCUAUUACAUAAAUUGCACUGUAUUUCCAGGUAAAUGUCUUCAUCUCUUUUGGUUGUUUUUCUUUUUUAGCCACAAAGAAUUUCAGCAGUCACUGUGCUGCUCUGCUGUGUGUUCUAGGUUGCUCUAAUAUCCCUUCACACUGCUGGGAUACUGACUAAUCUAAACACUUGUCAUCUAAUGGCUUUUAUAUGAUUCAUUACUUACUUCCUUCUUCAGUUUGCUGAUGAAACAACACUGGCCGAAGGUUGGGCCAACUGUUAGUGUUUUGCCAUGUUGAAAAUUAAUGCAGCCCAUACCAUCCUGCAAAUUAACUUUUAUUAUAGUAGCCAGGGUCCAACAUCUGGUAUUGUGUGUCACAGUGCAAAUUUCUACUGCAGAGGAGGGAAGCAGUGAUUAUAAUCAGUUGGGUUUGCAUAGGCAAGCUGCCACUGAAACUCCUGACUAGUGAUUUGCACAGGACAGUCAUACCUGCCACUGAAAAGUAGUUGCUGGAAUAAGCAGAUUUGAAUAAACUGCAUUGCAACAUCCCUUCUCUUUAACUUCCAUUGUGACCCUUAAUUCCAGAUAAUUUCUUAGUGAUACCUUGCAAAGAACUGUAUAAAAGUUUAUGAAAAUGAAAAUCUGCACUGAUUCUUCAUAAUUGGUCUGUGAUAGUACUCAAGAAUUUCCUUUGUAAAUUAUUUCCAAAGUAGAAGAUUGGCUUCAUCUUUAUAGUUCAAUGGAAUUUUAGAUGUCAAAAAGAAAAA